CGCCAGUUCCUGCCCUGCGCCCUGUCACAGCCGCCGCCAGCAGCACUAGCAUCAUGAUGCAGCCCGCCCGCGCCCCGCUCUCGGCCCGCAACGACCAGCCGCGCCUGUCGCCCAUGAAGCACCUGGCGCUGAGCGACAAGGAGAACACGCCACCGACGUUGAGCAGCACGCGGAUCCUGGCCAGCCGCGCGGCGCGGAAGAUCUUCCAGGACGCGGACGCCAAGCCGGCGCCGCCGGAGCCCGUCCCGCACCGGCCGGAAGACGAGCCGCUGUUGCGGGAGAAUCCGCGCCGCUUCGUCAUCUUCCCCGUGCAGUACCACGACGUGUGGCAGAUGUACAAGAAGGCUGAGGCCUCCUUCUGGACCGCCGAGGAGGUGGAUCUUUCAAAAGAUAUUCAGCACUGGGAGUCCCUCAAGCCUGAGGAGAAAUACUUCAUAUCGCAUGUCCUAGCCUUCUUUGCAGCAAGUGAUGGCAUUGUAAAUGAAAACUUGGUGGAGCGUUUUAGCCAAGAAGUGCAGAUCACAGAAGCUCGCUGUUUUUAUGGCUUCCAGAUUGCCAUGGAAAACAUUCAUUCAGAAAUGUACAGUCUGCUUAUCGACACUUACAUAAAAGAUCCAAAAGACAGGGAAUUUCUUUUCAAUGCUAUUGAAACUCUGCCAUGUGUUAAAAAGAAAGCUGAUUGGGCUUUGCGUUGGAUUGGAGACAGAAAAGCAACAUACGGAGAACGUGUAGUAGCUUUUGCAGCAGUGGAAGGAAUCUUCUUUUCUGGCUCUUUUGCAUCCAUUUUUUGGUUGAAGAAAAGAGGAUUAAUGCCUGGACUCACUUUUUCUAAUGAGCUCAUCAGUAGAGAUGAGGGCUUGCACUGCGAUUUUGCCUGCUUAAUGUUCAAGCACUUGGUGCACAAACCUUCAGAGGAAAGAGUAAAAGAAAUCAUCUCCAAUGCAGUCAUCAUAGAGCAGGAAUUCCUGACUGAGGCAUUACCUGUAAAGCUGAUUGGCAUGAAUUGCACUUUAAUGAAGCAGUACAUUGAAUUUGUAGCUGACAGACUUAUGCUGGAACUGGGAUUUAGCAAGAUAUACAGAGCAGAGAAUCCAUUUGACUUUAUGGAGAACAUUUCACUUGAAGGCAAGACAAACUUCUUUGAAAAGAGAGUAGGAGAAUAUCAGAGGAUGGGAGUCAUGUCGAAACCUACAGAUAACUCUUUCACUCUGGAUGCAGAAUUUUGAAUGAACUGAGACCACUUAGGCUGCAACGUGGAUGCCCAGCUGUUUGAACGAAGCAUUGACUCGAGUCGCAUAUUAUGUACUAAAACACCAUUCUUAUAAAGUGUGGUGGCAUUAGUAUUUUUUGAUGAGGGUAGGAUAGCUACAGCAGUAUAAUUGUUAGUAGAUAUUGUAAAUGGUGCUGACUCAGAGUACUUAGGUGUGUGUCAACUCAUUUUGAGAGAGAUCAAAUGCCAUCCUGCAAUGUGGGAGGUUAUAGGCGGAUACCACUAGCUCCUGGAAUUUGCCCAACAAAGCCAAAAAACUUGGAGAAGUGGUAUAGUCUAACUUUAACUUCUGAUAUUUGGCUUUGGAUGCAACAUAGAAAACUGCAUAGGAAAUCACAUGAUCUCGCUGCUUCUUAGCAGGUUUUAAGUUUACUUUUUACUAUUUUUAAUAGUUUGUACAUAAACCUGGCACUUUAAUAUUCAAAAAAUAAAGAAAUGUCUUGUAAUAUUCUUGGAAAAUUGUGAAACACAAGCUUACUCUACUCUAAUUUUUAGAUACAGCCUUAAAUGGUAUAACUUCAUACACUUUUUACCUGUGUAUAUAACUAAGUAUUGGAGUUUGAAUCAAGACUUGUUUCUGAAAUUUCUCUGAAACUCCUGCUGAAGUAUAGGAACAAUUGUUGUAUGGAAGUUGAAGUGCAUUAAACAUAAAUGUCCUUGGUACUGGAAA